GAAAUAUAUUGUCAACCGUGGGCUGUGUGGGGAGAGCCUUUCCAGAGGUGAACUCCUAGUGCGGACCAACUCACAUGGCCCUCCAAACCUGACUCUGCCACCCGUGACAGGAGCAUAUCGAGCUCCAUUGGACUCAUUUCCUACCCAGGGAAGACUCUGGAAAAAAUCACGAUGUCGACCAACACGGACCUUUCCCUUUCUUCGUACGACGAAGGUCAGGGGUCUAAGUUUAUUCGGAAAGCUAAGGAGACACCGUUUGUCCCCAUUGGAAUGGCAGGCUUUGCAGCAAUUGUUGCGUACGGGCUGUACAAACUGAAGAACAGGGGAAAUACAAAGAUGUCCAUCCACUUGAUCCACAUGCGUGUGGCUGCGCAGGGCUUUGUUGUUGGAGCCAUGACUCUCGGCAUGGGCUAUUCCAUGUAUAAGGAAUUCUGGGCCAAGCCUAAGCCCUAGAAGACGAGCUGCCGCCUUGGACUGGGAAGUGCUUGCUUUACUUAGACGUCUCAUAUUGAGGUUACAUGUUUGUGUCACAAUAAAUAACGUGGGUUUAGACAAUGACACAGUA